CCUAUAUCAAACCAACCCCGGCGCGCAUCCGUUUUCUUCUUGGAUUUUUUUAUUCGUUGUUCUUAUUGUCAACCAUUUGUCAUUACCCGUCGUUCUUGUCGCAAGAUAGUCUCCCUAUCGCAGAGCAAUCAACCACCAAAUCCAGCACGGAAGCGAGAAGGAAAAAAGGGCCCAGGAAGCCUGAAAGAAACGCGAGGUGCAUUUGUCCUCGUCCAAUGUCGCUCAGGCCGACGGCAGCCAGCGCCCGCGCGGCAGAGGAGGACGACGAGCCGGUCAUCGCGGGCCCGUACACGCUGUACAGUGGCUCCUUCAUCCUGGAGUUUCUCCAGCCGAGGCCGUCGCGGAACGCCUCUGUAUUGAUGCGAGCGACUUACAAACAUGAUCAUCCGCUGUGUAGGAAAGGGAAAGCCCAUCCUCAGUCGCCGCCGCUUCACCUGCACUUCCAACAGUCCGAAUCCUUCGCCGUGCUCGCCGGCGAAGUCGGCACCACGACGACGUACGCCCAGAUCGACACCAUCCACACGGCCCAGAACACGCCUCCCAUGAAACCCCACCACAUCGCGCCCUACAUGCCUCACCGGUUCUGGCCGUCCCCGGGCGCACAGGAGGACAGCGUGAUCCUGCUCUGGGCACAUCCGAACCCCAAGGACAUGGACGACAAGAUGGAUCGGCUCUUCUUCCAGAGUCUGUUGAUCUACGUGAGUGAUAUCAGUGAAGGCAAGGAGCCGUUAAGUCUGUUGCAGGUCAUGUUGAUCCAGCACAUUUCCGCCACAGCGCUGAUCAUCUUCCCGGGCCUCUCGUUCCUCGGGCCUCUUCGGUGGUGGAUCCCCUGGCUGUUCCAGUGCGUGUGCGCCUACAUGGCCCUGUGGAUGGGCAAGAAGCCCCUCCUCAAACAGUACAUGUCCGUGGAGGAUUGGGAGGAUGAAGAUGUCCAGGAGCGCAUCGGGAUGUGGGCGAAGAAGGAUCUGUAAGGGAGGCAAGUGCCGGUGGUGUAUCAUGUUUCAGUCGGGGCCCAUUCAGGACCAAACGGGGGAGAGCAGCGUAUAGAAGUCGCCAUGUGGUACAGGGAAAGGAGGUGAUGGUGUGUUGUGUGUCCCAACAAGCUCUCCAACCUUCCGUUCCAGGCCGCUCCACGUAGAGUCUCCGGCAUGGCUGGGGUCGGGCCGCCCUGAUUGAUGUGUUUUGUGAUUCCCGAGGAGGGGGGUGGAACUGGGGCGGCCAGCAACUAAACAACGUGCCACCAAACUGUCUGUCCAGGAGGCAGGCGACCCGCCAGAGAGAGGAGGGUGAAAUCAAAGAGAAGGAAUUCCCGUCAUCAGAUCUACGAGGCGUUUCAUUGGGCAUGCACCGUCUACGCCUGACUCGGUCCCGCGGAAAUAACUAGCUACCGUACAAAGCAUUUCCCCAAGCAAACACGGGACAAACCUGUUAGCAUCCGUAACAUCC